AUGGCCACACCAACCAAGACAUUCGAUCUCGGAACAUCUUCAGAGCCCAUUCAUGUCUCCAAGGUCGCUCUGGCCAUCAUCAUCACAUUCAGCAUAGUCAGCCUGGUCGCUCUCGCAAUAGCUCUAUGGAUCUUGUUUCGCUUCACCUGCUCGAGUCGUCGAAGAAGGGCAGGCUAUGCAGUCAGAGAUGGAAGAAACGAGCAUACGCAAUGGUGGAAGCAUGCGAAUCCGGCCGUCGGCUCUAGCAAGUCGUCUGAGAUGUCCUACGUGGGCAUCAUACCCGCCCCCGAGAUGGCCACAGAAGAGGGGACGCUAAGAAGUCGAUACACUGGAGAGAAGAGUGCUUAG